UGGCCUACACAUUCUCGUACCACCUGUGCGAUUACAAGCUCUCUUUAUUCACAAAGCAACAGUAGCAACAAUCAAUUUCGACUCCGCCACUCUGUCAUCUUCUCCGACGACGAGAGAUACGUAGCAAAGUUUUGUUUUUGCAGCGUGGUUGGGACGUGCUUGAGCGUGGUUUCGCUGUCGUCUGCGCUAGUAUAAUUUAUUUUCGCCAUGAAACGGCGGCAGUUAGGCGAAGAAAAGGAGACAAAGGUGCAAGACUGGAAGACUUGGCGCGCUGAAAGGGAAGCACAACGUAAAAAAUGGAAAGAGGAAAAGCUGCUGAAGAAACUCGAGAAAGAGGAGAAGAAAGAGAAGGAGGAAGUCCAACAUGAGGAGGACGGAGAAGGGAAACGUCGUGGCCGUCCGUACACGAUAAGCAUCGCCGUUCCGGGGUCAAUCAUGGACAAUGCGCAGAAUGCAGAACUGAGGACCUACUUAGCAGGACAGGUGGCUCGUGCGGCAGCAGUAUUCUGCGUAGAUGAAGUUGUCAUCUACGAUGACACGGGCGCAGCAAAAAAGGACAUUUCCGCGGACAGCGUCCUUACAAGCACGACCGCGGGAAGGGGAACCGUGCAGAUGGCCCGUAUCUUGCAGUACCUCGAGUGCCCGCAGUACCUUCGGAAGCAGCUCUUUCCCAUCCACCGAGACCUGCAGUUCGCUGGCCUUCUCAACCCGCUCGACUGUUCGCACCACCUAAGGGCGACGGAGGACUCACCGUACCGCGAGGGCAUCGUCACUAACCUUCCCGUCAAGGAAGGGAAAGGAUCACUUGUCAACUGCGGACUGAAGAAGGAGGUACGAAUCGACCGCCAUCUCCAGCCCGGUAUUCGAGUCACGGUCAAGCUCAAUCCGAAGUCGCUGGAAGACUCGACGCGGAAACUUUCCGGUGUUGCCGUCGCCCCCAGUACCCCACGCGAGGAAGAUGGAAUCUACUGGGGAUACGAAGUUCGCGUCGCACACAGUCUGAGCACCGUUCUCACGGAGUGCCCGUUUCCCAAGGGGUACGACUUGACCCUGGGUACCUCCGACAAAGGCGACUCGGUGGACGAUCUCGAGCUGCCCCGGGGUUUCAAACAUGCCAUCGUCGUAUUCGGAGGUCUGCAAGGCCUCGAAGCUGCGCUCGAAGCAGACGAAGACCUCAACAUCGACGAUCCGUCCUUCCUGUUCUCCCACUACAUCAACACGUGUCCUGGACAGGGGUCUCGGACAAUCCGCACGGAGGAAGCCAUUUUGAUAACCUUGGCUGCACUGAGGCCGAAAGUGGCAAUGGUGCAGAACCUGUCCUCAGAGGGACCCUAAUCGAAUUGCCCUGGAAGUCAGCUAUCCUCACCACACACCUCAUGUAUCGCACAUACACUGACAGACAGACAGACAGAACCGGAUUUAUGACCACUCAGACGCACAAUUAAAAAAUGUUUUUAGUAUAAGUCAUUCAUAUCACAGGUGACGCGACUACUUGGAGCUCUUGCCAUUAAUCAGCCUCAAUCGAUCUCUCGGUAUCUUGUCAAAGAGCAACAGACCAGAUGCUCUUUCUAUGGUGUCCACGGGAACCUGCGGAGGAACAGGAGUAUUUUCU